CAUCAAACCAAUCACAACUCCCAAACAUCUAACGGAUCUGUGAACCUUUCUAAGCUAAACAUAAAUCUGAAGUUAUUUCCGCUACACACGCUUGAGUCUGAGUCUCUGAAUUUUGCUUUUGAUUUGUGAAUUCGAUUUCUCCGAAUUCUAAACCCUAAUAGUUCAUUUUUUAUCAAAUCCGCGAUCUUCAACUCAUCUAUUUCACUGCUACUUUAGCCAAUGCAAUGGUGGUUUGCAAAUGUCGGAAGGCAACUAAGCUGUACUGUUUUGUGCACAAAGUCCCUGUUUGUGGAGAAUGCAUAUGCUUUCCCGAGCAUCGUAUAUGCGCGAUCCGCACCUAUUCAGAGUGGGUCAUAGAUGGAGAGUAUGAUUGGCCUCCAAAAUGCUGCAGUUGUCACUCUGUGCUUGAAGAGGAAACUGAUGCUGGGACUACACGGUUGGGUUGCUUGCAUGUAAUACAUACAAAUUGCUUGGUUUCACAUAUAAAAUCGUUUCCUCCACACACUGCUCCAGCUGGCUAUGUGUGUCCUUCAUGUUCAACUUCGAUAUGGCCUCCUAAAAGUGUUAAAGAUUCAGGAUCACGCCUUCAUACAAAGUUGAAAGAAGCUAUUAUGCAGACUGGCCUGGAGAAGAAUUUGUUUGGAAACCAUCCAGUGACUCUGCCAGGAACAGAGCCUCGAGGUCCUCCACCGGCUUUUGCUUCUGAUCCAUUGAAGCAUGUUUCAGCUGCUGGAAAUUCUGAAGGAUUAGCUGCAAUUGCCGCAGGUUCUUCCAAACCCGCAAGCAUGGACAUUGUGGAGAUAGAUGGCCCCACUUCAGCACCUUCAUCUAUGUCUAAUCACGAGUCCAAUUUCAUGAAAAGCACAAGUCCUUCUGGUCCUGGAGCCACCACACGAAAGACCGCAGUGCAAGUAGAAAGGCAAAACUCUGAAAUUUCGUACUUUGCUGAUGAUGAAGAUGGAAACCGGAAAAAGUACACGAAGAGAGGUUCAUUUCGUCAUAAGUUUCUGAGAUCAUUGCUCCCAUUUUGGUCGAGUUCCUUACCAACUCUACCAGUAACUGCACCACCACGAAAAGAUGCAUCAAAUACUGAUGAAGUCACUGAAGGUCGUCAGCGCCAUCAUAAGUCUUCAAGAAUGGAUCCAAGAAAACUCCUCCUCAUUAUAGCAAUCAUGGCUUGCAUGGCAACCAUGGCUAUCCUGUACUAUAGAAUUGCUCAGAGUGGUCUAGAUGAGGAGCUGCCUGAUAAUGAAUAGUGGUAAGUUUAUGGCCAUAAAGUCUUUGGUGGCCUGAAUUAUGGCUAUACAUCAGUUAUCAACAGGACCGACAGAGUUGCUUAUUCUUCUGCUGCUUGUACGCGCUCAGUCUUUGUUGUCAUCAUGUCACUGUUUUGGGUGGAACACAGAAUUCUUGGUUGCCUGUGAUUUAUAGAGAACUUGUCUUAUGACAACGAUUAAUGCCUUCCCAGCUCUCCUGUACCUCAUUGAAAACCUUCUCUCUCUCCUCGCAUUUCUUUUUCUUGUUUGUUUUGUUAGUUACUUCUGUUUGGAAUUUAAAUGGAUUAACAUAGUGAAAUGAAAUAAUAUCACCUCUUCUCAUUGUUAUCAA